AUGGCUGUGGGCAUGGCGGGGAGGGUGAUGGCUGUGGGCAUGGCGGGGAGGGUGAUGGCUGUGGGCAUGGCGGGGAGGGUGAUGGCUGUGGGCAUGGCGGGGAGGGUGAUGGCUGUGGGCAUGGCGGGGAGGGUGAUGGCUGUGGGCAUGGCGGGGAGGGUGAUGGCUGUGGGCAUGGCGGGGAGGGUGAUGGCUGUGGGCAUGGCGGGGAGGGUGAUGGCUGUGGGCAUGGCGGGGAGGGUGAUGGCUGUGGGCAUGGCGGGGAGGGUGAUGGCUGUGGGCAUGGCGGGGAGGGUGAUGGCUGUGGGCAUGGCGGGGAGGGUGAUGGCUGUGGGCAUGGCGGGGAGGGUGAUGGCUGUGGGCAUGGCGGGGAGGGUGAUGGCUGUGGGCAUGGCGGGGAGGGUGAUGGCUGUGGGCAUGGCGGGGAGGGUGAUGGCUGUGGGCAUGGCGGGGAGGGUGAUGGCUGUGGGCAUGGCGGGGAGGGUGAUGGCUGUGGGCAUGGCGGGGAGGGUGAUGGCUGUGGGCAUGGCGGGGAGGGUGAUGGCUGUGGGCAUGGCGGGGAGGGUGAUGGCUGUGGGCAUGGCGGGGAGGGUGAUGGCUGUGGGCAUGGCGGGGAGGGUGAUGGCUGUGGGCAUGGCGGGGAGGGUGAUGGCUGUGGGCAUGGCGGGGAGGGUGAUGGCUGUGGGCAUGGCGGGGAGGGUGAUGGCUGUGGGCAUGGCGGGGAGGGUGAUGGCUGUGGGCAUGGCGGGGAGGGUGAUGGCUGUGGGCAUGGCGGGGAGGGUGAUGGCUGUGGGCAUGGCGGGGAGGGUGAUGGCUGUGGGCAUGGCGGGGAGGGUGAUGGCUGUGGGCAUGGCGGGGAGGGUGAUGGCUGUGGGCAUGGCGGGGAGGGUGAUGGCUGUGGGCAUGGCGGGGAGGGUGAUGGCUGUGGGCAUGGCGGGGAGGGUGAUGGCUGUGGGCAUGGCGGGGAGGGUGAUGGCUGUGGGCAUGGCGGGGAGGGUGAUGGCUGUGGGCAUGGCGCGGAGGGUGAUGGCUGUGGGCAUGGCGGGGAGGGUGAUGGCUGUGGGCAUGGCGGGGAGGGUGAUGGCUGUGGGCAUGGCGCGGAGGGUGAUGGCUGUGGGCAUGGCGCGGAGGGUGAUGGCUGUGGGCAUGGCGGGGAGGGUGAUGGCUGUGGGCAUGGCGGGGAGGGUGAUGGCUGUGGGCAUGGCGGGGAGGGUGAUGGCUGUGGGCAUGGCGGGGAGGGUGAUGGCUGUGGGCAUGGCGGGGAGGGUGAUGGCUGUGGGCAUGGCGGGGAGGGUGAUGGCUGUGGGCAUGGCGGGGAGGGUGAUGGCUGUGGGCAUGGCGGGGAGGGUGAUGGCUGUGGGCAUGGCGGGGAGGCCAUCACGCUUUUCAACCUGGUAUGAUGUUGGUGAUGACAAUUGUCGUCAUGAUGGUGAUGGUGAUCAUAGUCAUGAGGAUGGUGAUGGUGAUCAUAGUCAUGAGGAUGGUGAUGGUGAUCAUAGUCAUGAGGAUGGUGAUGGUGAUCAUAGUCAUGAGGAUGGUGAUGGUGAUGGUGAUGGUGAUGAUGAUGGUGAUGGUAUCAUGGUGGAGCGGGAGGAGGAGGUGAGGGAGGCGGUGCUGGUGGGGCGCGGCAUGGCGCACUCGCUGCUGGCCCACCACCGCCUCGCCCUCCAAGACUUCUCCACCCUGGUUAGAGGCGAGGCACAGCUGGUUAGAGGCGGGGCACAGCUGGUUAGAGGCGAGGCACAGCUGGUUAGAGGCGAGGCACAGCUGGUUAGAGGCGAGGCACAGCUGGUUAGAGGCGAGGCACAGCUGGUUAGAGGCGAGGCACAGCUGGUUAGAGGCGAGGCACAGCUGGUUAGAGGCGAGGCACAGCUGGUUAGAGGCGAGGCACAGCUGGUUAGAGGCGAGGCACAGCUGGUUAGAGGCGAGGCACAGCUGGUUAGAGGCGAGGCACAGCUGGUUAGAGGCGAGGCACAGCUGGUUAGAGGCGAGGCACAGCUGGUUAGAGGCGAGGCACAGCUGGUUAGAGGCGAGGCACAGCUGGUUAGAGGCGAGGCACAGCUGGUUAGAGGCGAGGCACAGCUGGUUAGAGGCGAGGCACAGCUGGUUAGAGGCGAGGCACAGCUGGUUAGAGGCGAGGCACAGCUGGUUAGAGGCGAGGCACAGCUGGUUAGAGGCGAGGCACAGCUGGUUAGAGGCGAGGCACAGCUGGUUAGAGGCGAGGCACAGCUGGUUAGAGGCGAGGCACAGCUGGUUAGAGGCGAGGCACAGCUGGUUAGAGGCGAGGCACAGCUGGUUAGAGGCGAGGCACAGCUGGUUAGAGGCGAGGCACAGCUGGUUAGAGGCGAGGCACAGCUGGUUAGAGGCGAGGCACAGCUGGUUAGAGGCGAGGCCAAGGUUAAAAAAUACGACCGUAUUUUUGAAAAUUUACCGUAA